AUGUCGAGUCAGAACCCGCGGGCGCCCAGUCCGAGCACGGCGCGUGUGGAGUCCACGAAAUCGCUUCAAAGUCGCCAGAGGGGUCAGACCGAAGAGGGCCAGAGGAACUCCAGGGUCUCCUUUGAUACCACCUCCUUGAUGUCUGAGCGCGUCGAUGCUGAAAUCUCCAAGAGGUCAUUUCGGGAGCGCGGGAGCAGGUAUGAUAUUGACAUGCGCGAAAUUGGCAUCGGUGGCUAUGGCAAGGCUGGCUUCCGCUGGAAGGCAGUCUUCUUGGCCAAAGAUCGGAUGUUCAAAGAUCGGGAAGUCGCAAUCAAGAAGGUGGUGAAGAUUGACGAAGAAAAAGACUCGGCCUUCAAAAAGGAGGUGAUCAUCAUGAAGCGCCUGGAUCAUCCCAACAUCUGUCGUUUGUUUGAGACCUAUGAGCAGGGACGAGUGAUGUACUUCGUCAUCGAAUUUUGCGAAGGUGGCGAUCUCUUCGAUAGGUAUUCCAACUAUGGGAAGUUGCCAGAGACCAUGAUGGCUCCCAUCAUCAAGCAGGUGGCCAGUGCCUUGAAGUACGCGCACUCCAAAGGCAUCGCACAUCGCGAUUUGAAGCUUGAAAACAUUUGCUUCUGUGAGAAGUCGCCAAGCAGCACCCACGUCAAGGUCAUCGACUGGGGCCUCGCCGGGAGCUUCGAGCAGGGCCGCAUGAAGUCCUCGGUGGGGACCUCCACGUACUCUGCGCCCGAGGUGUUGGACCCCGAAGAUGACGAUGAUGGCUACACCUGCGCCUGCGACUUGUGGAGUUUGGGCGUGGUGGCUUAUGUGGCCUUGUCGGGCAAACCGCCCUUCUGGGGCAGCCCCAAGCAACAAGUGGCGCGCAUGCGUGCGGAGAAGUACCCGCUGAGCGGGGAGUUCUGGGAUACCGUGUCCAGCGACGCCAAGGAUUUGAUUCAUCAACUCCUGAAGACGGAUGUACAGGUGCGUCUCUCUGCCGAUCAAGUCAUUAGUCAUCCCUGGCUGAAGACGAGCCCCGCUUCGCCGGCCGAAACACCGCUCCUUGCACAGGUGCUCAGCAAUUUGGAGCAGUUCAGCCGGGCGCCAGACUUCUUCACCUUCUGCGUUGCCUCAGUGGCGCGUCAGUUGGACCACCGGAGUUUGGGAGGCAUUCGCGAUGCAUUCCUCAUGUUGGACAAGAACUGCGAUGGCAUCCUGACGCUGAACGAGAUCCGUGAAGGUUACGCCAAAGCGUUUCAUCCGGAUGACCCAGAAGCCGUGACUGAGGCAGAGGUGCAGGAGAUUUUCUCCUACCUGGAUCUGGAUGGCUCUGGCAGGAUCACCUAUACCGAGUUCUGCGCCGCAGGCCUGGGAGAAGAUGGCUUUGCCGACGAGCACGUGCUAUGGUCCGCCUUCAAAACCUUUGACAUCCACGAUGAUGGGAAGAUCUCCAAAGAGGAGCUGCGACAAGUGCUGCAGCGUGCCGAUAUCACGCAGGUAUGGACGGCGGGGGUCUGUGAAGAGGUCGCGGAGGAGGUGGUGCAGUUCUUCGGCAAUGGCUCCGAUAGCAUCAACUUCGAUGAGUGGCUUUCUUUAAUGCGCGAGUGCUCUGCAAGGCACAAUGAGGUAUCGCCGCGACGCUUCUCUCAGAGUUUGCAAUCCUUGCUUGGGGAGAACCAGUCGUCCUUCGUUUUAGAAGCGAAGAAUGCGGAUGUGUCUCCCGUGGAGGAAGAGAAACCUGAAGACCGGCCGGAGAUUAGUUUGCCUGUGGUCCACGCCAAAUCAGGCUACUUUGAUUCCGAGUGUUGCGGCAGUGGCUUACGGAGGCUGUAUCGCAGUCUCAGCGGCCGUCGCUGA